UUAAAUAUAGCAAAGGCCAAAGGGUAGAGAAUCUUCUUUGCCUAUAGCAUUUUUGUCUUCAGCUCUCAGUGACGUCCUGAAGCUAAAACACCUAAAAAUUUCACUGAAGUGCUUGAAACCUCCAACUAAUAAUAGAGUGAGAAGAUGAAGAUAUUGAAGUUUAGGCUUCUACAAAUAUUUCUAAUUCUGAUUUUCUGCUAUGUGGCAGCAGAAGCAGAAGAGAAGAACCAGAAACUCAGAAAGACUUAUGUAAUUCAUGUGGACAAGUCCAGUAUGCCGGCAAGUUUUGAUGAUCAUUUUCAAUGGUAUACUUCAACUUUACAAUCAGUAUCAGAUACUGUAGACAUGCUCUACAUCUACGACAAUGUGAUUCAUGGCUUCUCCACAAGUUUAACCGCCGAAGAAGCUGAGUCGCUUGAAAACAGACCAGGAAUCAUCUCAGUCCUGCCUGAAGUUAGAUAUGAACUACACACAACUCGAACACCAGAAUUCCUUGGAUUGGGAAAGAGUGAAGCUCUCCUUCCUGCAUCUGAAGCUGAGAGUGAGGUCAUUAUUGGAGUCUUAGACACUGGAGUAUGGCCAGAGCUGAAAAGCUUCGAUGACACGGGGCUUGCAACUGUCCCAGGUGGUUGGAGAGGAGAGUGCGAGGUGGGCAAGAAUUUCAACACAUCAAGCUGUAAUCGGAAACUAAUUGGUGCCAGGUAUUUCUCAAAAGGGUAUGAAGCAGCACUCGGGCCUAUUGAUGAAACCAUGGAAUCAAAAUCACCGAGAGAUGACGACGGUCAUGGAUCUCACACAUCAACUACAGCUGCUGGUUCAGCAGUCUCCGGAGCCAGCCUAUUUGGUUUUGCUUCUGGUACAGCGCGCGGUAUGGCAACAAAAGCCCGGGUUGCAACAUACAAGGUAUGUUGGCUUGGUGGGUGUUUCGGUAGCGACAUCGUAGCCGGCAUGGAUAAAGCUGUGGCAGAUGGAGUAAAUAUUAUAUCUAUGUCAAUUGGGGGAGGUCUGUCAGAGUACUACAGAGAUACUGUCGCAAUCGGAGCUUUCACUGCAAUGACACAGGGAAUUCUUGUAUCCUGUUCAGCUGGAAACGGUGGACCAUAUUCGGGCAGCCUAUUCAACGUUGCACCUUGGAUAACCACUGUAGGUGCUGGAACUUUGGACCGCGAUUUUCCGGCCUAUGUUACCCUUGGAAAUGGAAAGAAUUUCACUGGUGUAUCUCUGUAUGGUGGAAAACCAUUAUCCAGUUCCUCGGUGUCACUAGUUUCCGCUGCUAAUGCAAGCAAUUCAUCAGGCGGCAAUCUUUGCUUGAUCGGAAGUUUGAUUCCCGCAAAAGUUGCAGGGAAAAUUGUGAUAUGUGACCGAGGGUCCAGUGCAAGGGUGCAAAAGGGUGUUGUGGUGAAAGAUGCAGGCGGUGUUGGGAUGAUCUUAACAAACACUGCAUCUUAUGGGGAAGAGCUAGUUGCAGACGCACAGCUUUUGCCUUCAGCAACGGUAGGCCAAAAAGCUGGUGAUGAAAUUAAGAAAUAUGCUUCUUCAGAUCCCAAUGCAAUGGCCACGAUCACUCCUGGAGGCACACAAUUGGGUGUCAAACCAUCACCAGUUGUGGCAGCGUUCAGCUCCAGAGGGCCAAAUCCAAUCACUCCAGAAUUGCUCAAACCAGACCUUAUAGCGCCAGGGGUCAAUAUCCUGGCUGGCUGGACCGGUGCCACUGGUCCAACCGGGCUACAAAAUGACAACAGACGUGUGAGUUUCAAUGUCAUUUCAGGCACAUCGAUGUCAUGUCCCCAUGUAAGUGGGUUAGCCGCACUUCUCAAGGCUGCCCACCCAGAAUGGAGUCCUGCAGCCAUUAAGUCUGCUCUCAUGACCACAGCCUACUCAACAUACAGCAAUGGAGAAACCAUUUUAGAUGUUGCCACUGGACAACCCUCAACUCCGUUUGAUUACGGUGCCGGACACGUGGAUCCUGUAGCAGCUCUCGAUCCUGGCCUUGUCUAUGAUGCCAACGUUGUGGACUACCUUGGCUUCCUCUGUGCCUUAAACUAUACCACAGCCCAGAUUAAGCAAGCCACAAACAAAGACUUCACUUGCGAGUCCAGCAAAAUUUACAGCCUGGGGGACUUUAACUACCCAUCUUUUUCUGUUCCUUUGCAAACUGCAUCAGAGAAAGUUGGUGGCACUGGUGGUGCGACCAGCACUCUGAAAUACGCUAGGACUCUUACAAAUGUGGGCACUCCUGCAACGUACAAGGUAUCAGUAUCUCCACAGAUUCCAUCAGUGAAGAUUUUGGUUGAGCCAGAAUCACUGAGUUUCAGUGAACAAAACGAGAAAAAGAGCUACACAGUGACGUUUACUGCUAGUUCUAUGCCAUCUGGUACAACCAGCUUUGCUAGUCUCCGGUGGUCAGAUGGGAAACAUGUUGUUAGUAGUCCAAUAGCAUUAAGCUGGACAUAAUCAACCACUUUCAGGAAUUGGCCAAUUACUAAAUCAUGGACAAAGAUAUGCCUCCAAGCACAAUGAAAUCUCACUCUAUGUUACAUAAACGGUAUAUGAGGAUUAGCCUCACACCAUUCUAUUAUGUUUCAGCAGCUGAACUAAGCUGGAAGUUGCAUUUGUAAUUGCUCUCCACACAGGACAGGGGAUUAAGAAAAGAAGGGGACAGAUAAUUGUACAUAAAAAUCAUGCGUAUGAUUGUUGUUGAAUGUAUUUUAAUAAUAUCUCACUAAUGAGGUGAUGGUUUGUGAAUA